GUCCACACUGUAGAUCCGACCAUGGUCACGCUGAACUGAACUCAAGUGGUGCUCAGAUUCCCGAGCCCUCCGCUUUUUCGGCCAGCGGUCAUCGGAGAGACGGAGACUGCGCGAGGACGAGGGGAGGAGCUCCCAUGGCGGAGGCGGCACGGAAGCAGCGGAGCCCCGCCGCGCCCCGCCCCGUCCGCUGCAUCGUUAAGCUAGGCGGAGCGGCCAUCACGAACAAGGGGAAGCUGGAGAGCAUCGACGAGGAGAGCCUGCGGUCGGCGUGCGCGCAGCUGCGGCAGGCCAUGUCCGAGUCCGACGGCACCGCCCCGGAGAAGGUUAGGGGGAUGGACUGGAGCAGGAGGCCCGGCGAUCCGGCCGACCCGGUCGUGGACGCGGAGGGGUUCGCGGGUAUGGCGGGGCUGGGGCUCGACAGCAACUUCGUCGUCGUCCACGGCGCAGGUUCUUUUGGCCACUUCCAAGCAAGUAGAUCUGGAGUACAUAAAGGAGGGUUGCAUUCAACACUGGUGAAGGCUGGCUUUGUGGCUACAAGAAUUUCAGUGACUUCUCUCAACCAGGAAAUUGUUAGAGCCUUGGCAAGAGAAGGAAUACCGUCUGUUGGGAUGUCACCAUUUGCUUGUGGAUGGUCUACUCAGCGAAGAGAUCUUGCAUCAGCCAAUGCUUCUCAAAUCAUUGAGUCACUCCAUGCUGGUUUUGUCCCUGUUUUGCACGGAGAUGCUGUUCUUGAUGAAUCGCUGGACUGCACCAUAUUGAGUGGGGAUGUCAUUAUACGCCACCUUGCACAGCUUUUGACUCCAAAAUAUGUCGUGUUUCUGACAGAUGUUCAUGGAGUAUAUGACCGUCCUCCAACUGACCCAAAUGCAGUACUUCUCAAAGAGAUAGAGGUAGAUGACAACGGAGGCUGGUCGAUUGUAAAACCUGCAUUACAAGGCAACAGAAAAGAAGUGGAGAUAUCAGUAGCCGCACACGACACCACUGGAGGAAUGGAGACCAAAAUACUGGAAGCUGCCGCGAUAGCUAGGCUUGGAGUUGAUGUGUACAUCACAAAGGUUGACACUGAGCACUCCCUGAGAGCCUUGAAGGGGGAUGUGAACACAAGCUCGGACGAUUGGCUUGGGACUGUUAUACGCGCUGCCAAAUAGAGUUCUUGCCACAGAAGAGAAGCAACGCAAAUUUUUAUGUCGCGUAGGGUUCGCUGAUGAGCUUUGAUGUUCGCCAGAUGAUAAUUUAGAGGUUUAUUCCUACUGCGAUCACUUUUUUUGCUGAAUGGCACGCUAGUGUUGUGACCAAUGGUAAUACCUCCAUAUGUCCGAGAACACGGAACAUUCCUUUGUGAUUUACAGUAGCCAUUUAUUACUUUUACGAGAAAAA